AUCACUUCUGUUGGGGCAAUAAGUACGAUCGCUUGCGUUGUUAUCGCGCGCCUUAUAUGGAAUAAUCUAUUGUUAUUAUACACUUAAAUAAACUCCUCCGAGUCUCCCUAAGCCAUUAGCCUUUUUAAAAUCGGACACUCCUCAUACGGCAGCGAUUUCUUGCUAAAAUCACACGAGGAUCGAGGAACAGUGCGGCACAUAGCUCUUAAAGAUGCUAAAGUUCAAACAAGUCCCUGCAUGACUGACUUGCUUGAUGCCUAAAAAGGUUACAAGAGAGAAAGAGUACCGGUUAUGAACUUGUAAAAGAAAGGGGGAGUAAUCAAAGCGAAGUUCCUCGUCUGACCAAGUCCUUGGUGAAGACUGACAUUGUUUUAUUUGCUCAGAGGCAAUAUGGGUCUUCUCGCCAUAGCGCUAAUUCUACAGCUCUGCGUGGCUUCUUUCGGAACCUUAGCUGUGGCUCUACCAAGUUCACUUUCGCAAGGUUCGAGCUACCCGUACUCCAAGACAGAGGUAUCAGUCUGCGGAGGAAUUCGGGACGUCAUUCUAAGGAAUUCUGCGCGAUUUCGGAAGAUCUUAGUGCGCAAUGCAGACACUGAAGUAGUGUUUGAAAAUGAUGAUUGUCGUCGAACGACUGCAAGGGCAAAAAGUAAACUCGACGUGUUGGCCUCGCGAGUUCGCCAGGAGUGGGCAGGUAGAAAACUUAAAGUUAUUAAAGCAUGGACUGAUCAGAGAACGGCGCAAGACCCUGCUUCGUUGCAUUAUGAAGGUCGAGCGCUUCGUUUGCAGCUGGACAACAAUGAUCGUUCCAUGCUCAGUCGACUGGCGGGUCUGGCUCUCGCGUCCGGAUUUGAUUGGGUCAGCUACCCGUUGAAUAGCGACUACAUCCACGCCAGUGUCAUCAGGGACGUUUGCCAAACGUCUGUUGACCUCGUCUUCAUCCUCGACACCUCGGGCAGUGUUGGCAGUUAUAACUUUGAAAAAAUGAAAACAUUCGUGAAGAAUGUUGUAGAUUUCUUCAAUAUCGGCCCCAAGGGAACACACGUGGCCGUCAUCACGUACAGCACGUGGGCGCAGGUCGAGUUCAACUUGAAGGCACACCAUAGUAGCAAGGCCGCCCUGAAAAACGCCGUCAACGCGAUUUACUACCGCAGCGGGUGGACCUACACAGCAGACGCGCUCGACCUCGCCGGGAGAAAUAUCUUUCAGGUCGCUAACGGUAUGCGGCCCGACAAAGGAAUCCCGAAGAUCGCUGUGCUCCUGACUGACGGUUACUCUAACGGCAAUAACCCGUUGGGACCCGCGAAUGACUUGCGCGCCGCCGGCGUCAACGUUUUCUGUGUCGGCAUCGGGAAUUACUACGAGCGCGAGUUGAACGACAUCGCCACGGACCCUGACAAGGACCACGUGUUUAAGCUGGAAAAUUUCAACGACUUGAACAGCUGGGUGGACACUCUGAGCGCGGUGUCUUGUGACGAGGGUGCGAUGAUUCGCGCAUGUGACGAUACAAUCUCUACCGUGGAAGCCGGUUCUUUCCUCUAUUUCAGGACCGAGUUCGCCUCAGCUAAUGAUGGCAUCUCUGUGGAAGUCAAGGAUAUUAGUGGUGUCAGUCAUCUCUACGUGUCUCUUUCAAGUAAAAAUCCUGGUCCACUUGACCCCCAGUCAUACAAAAACGAGAGCUCUAUCUCUCCACGCUCACUAAGGCUGAAUUUCCCCUCGCGAGGUUCCAAGUUGGUAUUCGUUGCGGUGCAAGGACAGCACUCGAGCAACAGCUUCAAGCUUUCCAUGUGGGACACUCUCUUCGCAAAAGACAGCUACAGUGCAAGCGUAAAAGAGGAACUGCAGGCAACGCAAAAUGUCAUAACAGUGUCAUCCAGUGUGAGCCCCAACCUGCGAUAUUCCAUCAUGGAUGGAAACGACCAAGGCAUGUUCACGAUCGACUCUUCUACCGGCAGCAUCACAACCACGGGAAGGAAGUUUGACCGAGAGUCCGAAUCGCGCUACAGGCUAACCGUCUUAGCGCAAGAUGCGGCAAAUCGAUGUCACAAGGGCCGAACAGUCGUGGUGAUUGAUGUGAAAGACGAGAACGAUAACGCACCAGAAUUCCCGCUAAAUUCAUACGUAUUCAACAUCCGGGAAAACACACCUGCGGCUCAAGUCGCAAUAGUGACCGCAACCGACCGCGACAGUGGGACGAACGCGGCUAUCACGUACUCUCUGUUCUCGGGUGAAAAUAAAUUCAUGAUGAAUAGCAAAACUGGUGAGAUUCGCACGGUGACUCCUUUGGACCACGAGACAAAGGACUCGUACACGAUGAGGAUUUCCGCUUUUGACGGGAAGCACACUACUUUUGUACCGCUGGUCAUAAAUAUCCUUGAUGUCAACGAGCCUCCGAGGUUCCAGGACGACUGCACAAGGCGGGGUGAUUGCAGUGCUACAGUUCUCGAAUCCGCCCCGCUCAACACGCGUAUCGUCACUCUAGCAGCCACGGACCCCGACGGGGACUCCUUGUUGUACUCGGUUCGGAUCCGCGACUCGCAGGAGAAAAUAUUCACGAUUGAUAACUCUGGUCGGUUAACCCUGAAUAAAAUGUUGGAUCGUGAAGCCAAGUCAGCGUAUGAUCUGGUUGUUGAAGCAAGUGAUGGCAAUAUAAUCGCCAUUGCCGCGCUAAAGAUUACGGUCGAUGAUGUAAAUGAUAACGCCCCAUUCUUUGCCCUGAGUGUGUACAAGACGGGAGUUUACGAAGAUGUGGCUGUUGGAAGCAUUGUGCGACAGUUAACGGCCGUAGAUUUGGAUGUCGGCAUAAAUGCGCGCCUGUCAUACAGUCUGGUCAGCGGAGACACAAGCUACUUCACCGUGGACUCCCAAGGUGUGAUCCGCACAAAGGGAGCGUUUGAUCGUGAGACGAAGGCGAGCUACCAAGUGGCCCUUCGGGCGCAGGACGGAGGGUCACCUUCUCGGUCAGGACAGGCCACCGUGGAGAUAGAGAUACUGGACGUGAACGAUAACAGACCUGUCUUUUCCUCGGCGCAGUACACGGCCUCUGUAGACGAAGACGUCGCCAUUGGUGCAGCUAUGGUAACGGUUACGGCGUCUGACAAGGAUAAUGGAAAUAACGCUGACCUGAGGUACAGCUUCACAAGCGGCAACACGAACCACGCCUUCACCCUUGACGCUGUCACGGGGGUGGUCACGGUGUCGAGGUCCCUCGACUUUGAACAAAGGUCUUCAUACGCACUUGGGCUAAGUGUCACUGACCGUGGAUCACCACCGCUGACCGAUACAAGCCACCUGCUCAUCAACGUUAAUGACAUCAACGAUAACCCACCAGUCUUUAGCCCUUCGGCGUACCAGAGCAGAGUGAAGGAGAAUACACCAGCAGGAACUCAAGUCAUUCAGGUCUCCGCCACCGAUCGGGACAGCUCAACAAAUGGUGCGUUAGUCUUCGGAAUUAUCAAAGGCAAUGAUGACGGAGUGUUCACUAUCGAUGGAAGUACAGGAAUAAUCUCCAUCGCCAAGUCUCCGGACUACGAGAACAAGACCCGAUACGACCUGACAGUGCAAGCACGUGAUCGGGGCGUGCCAGUUAAGUAUGACACUGCGCAAGUCACGAUUUUCAUUGAAGACGUCAACGACCAUUCUCCGGUAUUCAGCCCAUCUAACUACAGCAAGCAGAUUCCAGAGAGCACUGUUAUUGGCUCAACGGUUGUCACGGUAACCGCCACGGAUUUGGACUCAGGCCCCCGCGGUCGACUAGAGUACAGGCUCAUUUCGGGGAAUGUGAAAGGAGCAUUCAAUAUCGACGCCAACUCAGGUUCUAUCCGUGUGUCGUCAGAACUAGAUCGAGAGACCACGCCCUCCUACUCACUUCAGGUCGAGGCUCGGGAUGGCGGGUCCACCUCUCGUUCCUCCAGUACCCGCGUCACCAUCGCGUUACAGGACAUCAACGAUAACUCCCCCAUAUUCCAGGGGCCGUACGUGUUCAGAGUGUCCGAAAGUUCAUCCCCCGGACAUCAGAUCGGACAGGUAGCAGCAACGGACGCUGACGACAGCUCAAACGGUGAUGUCCGGUAUGCUUUGUCCGAUAACACGGACGUGUUUAGUAUUAACACCAGUACCGGACUGAUUACUCUCAAGACGCAACUAGACUACGAAAAGAAAACGCAAUACAUGGUUACCGUGACUGCGAAGGAUGGUGGGACGCCUUCGCGUUCGUCGCUUACUGUUGUCAAGGUGAUGGUGGAUGACGUCAAUGACAAUCCGCCGCAGUUUGCAAAGAGUCUAUACACGUGUACCGUGGGAGAAAAUCUGGCAGCCGGGGUCGCUGUGUGUUAUGUGACCGCGACAGACGCGGACUCUGGGGCGAAUGGAAAGAUUUCUUACUCAAUCUUGAGUGGGAAUGAAAACAUGGCUUUUGCCAUGGAUCGGUUCACGGGUGAGAUCACUACCCGAGUCCCCCUAGACCGCGAGACCAUCGCUUCUUACAGUCUGACGAUCAACGCAGAUGAUGGGUCCCUUGUCCGCUUCAUGGCCGCCACGACAGUCAACAUCAGCAUUGCCGACGAGAACGACAAUCAGCCGACAUUCACAGGGCCUUCAAGGUUCAAUAUCUCGGAGGAUUCGCCCACAGGGACACGCGUUGGACAGCUGACAGCGACCGACAGGGAUAUUGGCCCCAACGGCGCGGUUACGUAUGCAAUCAUCUCCGGAAACCAAGGAAAUAGCUUCCAGCUUGAUCCUCGGUCCGGGAUCCUUUCAGUCCGCUCCACCUUGGACCGUGAGACAAUUCCUAGUUACACGCUGGUCGUAAAGGCUAGUGACGCGGGCUCACCUCAGCAGAGUAUCACUGCGUCGAUUCAUGUUUCAGUACUCGACGUGAACGAUAACGCACCGCGGUUUGAGAAAAGUUUGUUCAGCGGAGAAAUCCGGGAAGAUGCGUCUGUGCAUUCCACCGUGCUACAGGUUAAAGUCGAGGACAAGGACGAAGGAAGCAAUGGUGCGAUCACGUUAUCGCUCUCCGGGGAAGGCAGCGACAACUUCACAAUCGACUCCACCGGUUUUGUCCUCUCAAAAACACCGCUGGACUACGAGACCACGGCCGCGUACCAGCUGACAGUGACCGCAAGGGAUGGCGGGAGCCCUAGCAAGUCCGCUACUGCGCAAGUCAAGAUAACAAUCAUCAAUGUUAAUGACAACGUUCCGAGCUUUGUAUCGCCGGCCCAAGUGACAAGCAUCCCGGAGGACGUAGCCAUCAAUACUCACGUGGUCAAGCUAAACGCAACCGACUCUGACGGAACACCGCUGACUUUUGAUAUCGUCGAGGGAAAUGCGGGCUCGUCCUUCAAGAUCGACCAGUCGUCCGGUUUGAUCUCUGUUGCUAAGCGACUGGACAGGGAGACGACUGCUAAUUAUACGCUUGUUGUUAGGGCAACCGAGACAGGAAGUCAGGGGGAGUCUGUAUAUAAUAACGCGACCAUCCGCGUAUUGGAUGUUAACGACAACGCCCCUGUCUUCAACCCUGGUUCAUAUGCAAAGUCCUUACACGAGAAUCUACCGAUAGGACAAACCGUUGCCAAGGUUACCGCAACAGACCGUGACGAGGGUGAGAACGCGAAAGUGACGUAUGAACUGAGCGUCGGCGACACCAGCAAGUUCGAGGUGAACCCCGCCACAGGGCUCGUCACCACCAAGCGACCGCUGGACCGGGAGGACCAAGCCUCUUAUUCCCUACGCGUCACCGCUAUGGAUCACGGAAAACCAAGCCAAUCCGCCGUCGCGGCGAUCACACUCACCAUCAAUGAUUUGAAUGACAACUCGCCCCAGUUCUCCCAGAGCAAGUACACUCUAACGGUCACCGAAAACACAGCCAAUGGGUCUAAUAUUCUACGGGUUCUUGCAUCGGACCCUGACGCUGGUGCCAAUGGGAGGGUGACGUAUUCUAUUAUUAGUGGUAACCAUGGCAACGCGUUCAGGAUUGACAGUACCACAGGGCGGAUAACAGUGGUGGGCGUGGUUGAUAGAGAAGCAUUAGCGUCUUAUAAUUUAACCAUUAGCGCAAAAGACUCAGGGGUACCCCCAUGGGUCUCUACCGCGUUUGUGGCUAUCACAGUCGCUGACGAAAACGACAACUCGCCCAUCUUCGCCAGCAACGAGACUUCUUACGGCAUCGACGAAGGCGUAUCGAUCGGAUCACGCGUUGCGGUUGUUACUGCCACAGAUAGAGACGAAGGGAGCAAUGCGCAGGUCUUCUACAGCAUAGUUCGGGGUGACACGAGCGCUUUUGCGAUCAACGCGAUGAAUGGAGUUUUGACCGUAAAGAAAGAAAUCAACCGAGAGACUGUGCCGACGUAUACGCUUACCAUACGUGCGUCUGACCGCGGCUCACCUAUGAUGACGUCAGACAAGGAAUUAACCGUGGUUGUAAACGAUGUAAAUGACAACCCGCCUGUAUUCAACAGUCAGUCGUACAUCGGAUCAGUCAGAGAAAACAGUGCCCAGUCCACCAGCGUCCUUACGGUUGCAGCAGACGAUUCGGACGUGGGGGCGAAUGCUGUACUGCGAUACAGUAUUAUCAGCGGUAACGAUGAAAAGCGGUUCAAGAUCAAUAGCACUUCCGGUGUUAUCAUGACGACCACGCCCCUUGACUUUGAGGAGAAGUCCCAGUAUGGGUUGGAAGUCACCGCAACCGACUCGAAAUACACGGCGAAGACAAAUGUUACCAUCCGAGUGAUCAACCUCAACGACAUAACGCCUGCAUUCACUCAACAAAACUACACUGCGUCGGUGCGGGAGAAUUCGCCGACAUCAACCUCCGUCGUGAAGGUUUCGGCGAGUGAUCGGGAUUCGUUCGGAAGUCUCAGUUAUUCGAUUGUCGGUGGAAAAGAUAGCGACAAGUUUAGUAUUGAUCAGCGCAGCGGGAUCAUCUCCACAGCUGACGUCCUUGACCGCGAAUUGGUUUCUCUGUAUGCCAUUCAAGUGAGGGUCACCGACGCAGGGAAUCCCCCUCUGAGCAACCUCACUUGGGUGACAAUCAAAAUCCUCGAUGAAAACGACAACAGCCCGAAAUUUGACAGCUCUAGUUACUCGUCAUCGAUUCUCGAGAAUUCCGCACCUUCUUCGUUCAGCUUCAAACUCGCGGCGACAGAUGCUGACGAGGGAACGAACGCGCGCAUCACGUACAACCUGUCACGCAACGACGCGUUCAUGAUUGGCGCAUCCUCUGGUGUUAUCACUAACGUCAGAAAGCUAGACAGAGAGCAGGUAUCUAUCUACACCCUGUAUGUGCAAGCCGUCGACCAGGGGAAUCCCCGUCUUGCCUCCGAGUGGGUCCCAGUCCACAUUCGUGUGCAGGACGAGAAUGACAAUGCGCCGCGGUUCGUGUCCAGCGGUAAUUGUAACGUGAGUGAGAAUGCAGUGGUAGGGGCCAUCAUUGCUGAGCUGCUUGCUGUGGAUCCAGACCUUGGGACGGGCGGAGUUGUCAGCUAUCGCAUUCUUACACGCCAGACCGAGUUCACGAUCGACAACACAACAGGCGUGAUAACUUUAGCGCAACCGCUCGAUCGCGAGAACAAGAGUACGUACGAUCUGGCCAUACAAGCGAGAGACCACGGCACUCCUCCCCAGGCCUCCUCCAUCACCAUCCGCGUCACCGUCAUAGAUAUCAACGAUCACCGACCGCUGAUCAACAGCUCGAGCCUGCGAGGCUCCGUGAGGGAGAAUCAACCAAAAGAGACCCACGUCAUGCGCAUACUAGCGUCAGACGCUGACACCGGACUGAAUGCUGAACUCACGUUCUCCUUGCUUUCCAACGAACACAAAAGCGUGUUCACGCUUGACAACACCACGGGUGACAUAUCCACCAAGGUACCGCUGGACCGAGAGCAGCAGGCAGUUUACACGCUCAGGAUCGGGGUCGCUGACAAAGGCAACCCAAGCUUGUCUUCGGUAGCUGACGUCAUCAUUGACGUCAUAGACGAGGAUGAUAACUGCCCUCGUUUCCAACCUACCGAGUACAACGUGACGAUUUCCGAGAGCUUGCCGAGGGGUGCUAGUAUCGUGCAAGUGACGGCACGAGAUAUUGACGGAGAUAAAGACACUUCUUACGCCAUCAAGUCUAUGACACCAAGUGGGGGCUUCACCAUCGACUCGAAAACAGGUGUGGUGAUGGUGGCGAGUAGCGGCGUAGAUCGCGAGAUUGCUGAUGUAUUCAAGCUCGUCAUCCGUGCUGGCAAGGAACACUGCGGAGCAACAAACGACACUGGAGGAGGCGAAGGUGGUCGUUUCCUUGGAGUCCAACAAGCCACUUACCCAGACUCCCUUGCGACCGUCACCAUUCAAGUGACUGACGUAAACGACAAUGCUCCGAGUUUCUCCCGAGACUCUUACGAAUACGACUUCAACGACGUGACGACUGUGAACUUGCUUAGUGUGAGGGCUACGGAUUUGGACGCCGGAGUCAAUGGUGUCGUCAAGUUCAGAUUGGCUGAGCAGACAGAGCUUGGCGGGAAUCGUGUGGUUAAAGUUGAAGCGUACGACCAAGGCUCACCUAGCCUGUCCAGCCAAGUAUCCGUCAUCGUACAGACAAGUGUGUCUUGUGAAGCGAUGGUCUUUUCCAUCACGGAAGACGGAGCCAUUUCUGCCAAGACCAUUUGCAGUUUCGAUGUCCCCCCGAGAUCUGGGACAGUUGUUGCUGGCAAUCCAUGGACGCUCAAAUGCUCCGCCAAAGGUAACACGAGCCCGCAGUACAGAUGGAUGCGGAAUGGUCUGUACCUCAACAGCUUUUCCAAUCAAAGCGAUUACGUCAUCGCGAAGGCCACCAGGGAAGACGCGGGAGUGUAUGCGUGCCUCGCUACAAGCGAGGCAGGGCUUAUCCAGUCAUCGGCAGCUACCUUGAUAGUUAAUGUGAAACCGGAGAUCACCCAUCAUCCUGAAGACUCGUCCGUCGAGCUAGGAGGCACAGCCACACUUGAGUGCCGCGCUUCUGGAGUACCUGAGCCGAGCUACCGCUGGUUCAAGAACAACGAGGUCAUCCCGUCAGUAGGGGGCAUCCAAUCAGAUCGACCCGUGCUUGUGCUGCGUGACGUCAUAGCACAAGAUGAGUCGCCCUACUAUUGCCAGGCAUCGAAUGACGCGGGAACCGCCAAGUCCAACAUUGCCACGCUCAAAGUAUACGGUGGUGAGUCCUUAGUGGCGCUGGAAGUCUCUGUGUCCAACUCCAAUCGCGCGAAAAAGUGCAACAUCUUUGAUAUACAGGCAUUCAAGGCUGCUCUCGUAAAGGCGAUAGAAGCCAAAGUGACGAUUGCCAACUACACUGCUGAGAGGAGGUGCGAGGCGAACCCGUGUAACUCCAACCCCUGUAUGCAUGGCGGCGUGUGCGAACUGCAUUCGUCUGUACGAUACACGUGCCUAUGCCCUCAAGGCUGGUACGGCGACAACUGCCAGUUUAACCUGAAUGAGUGCAAAGGAGACCCGUGUUUUAACAACGGGACCUGUCAAGACCGCAAUGGAACAUAUCAAUGCACCUGCCGCCCAGGAUCAACAGGAAAACAAUGCGAGUUGACAGAAGGCGCCUGCGCAAAGAGCAACUGCACCGCUGACGAGCUGUGCGUGCUGUCAGAAUCCAGUCUAACUGGUUAUGAAUGCAAGAACAAUGAUCACGUGAUCAGUAUGGCUCAUGAUAGGGAUAUCCACGGAGAUCAGACGAAGAUCUACGACUUUGAGCGCGAGAUCCAGGGGAUGAUACAGUCCGCCCCUGAUGUCAAUAACGCGUCUUCAGUUACGGGUAGGUUCAGAAGAAGCGCCCGAAGAAACACCAACGACUACGGAGCAUGCGUGGUACGAAUCAUCACGCCACUUCAGCCUGGGAACGUCCGCUUUGUCCUACUUUGCCCGAUAGCCGUGGAACCGCAAUCCACAAGGGCAUGGGUCUGCGGUCUUCUUUUCAACGCGGGAAAAGCUCGCGCAUGCGGGCAGAGUGAGAGCAUGGCCACGCCCGUCCCUGCGACCACUCUGGCGCCUGUGGAGCCGACGAGAGUGGUAAUUUAUCUAUUUGCGCGGGAUGACAAAGGGAGAAACCUGCCAGCCGAGGAGGCGAUUGACUUGUUCAACAAUGAUGACUUCGACAUCGCUAUGAAACAGCAAGGCGUGAAGUUUGUCGCCGCCAAACGAGUCAAGCCAAUGGCACAAACAGCUCCGAAGGAGACCAACACGGGUCUAAUAGCCGGCCUGGUAGUAGGGAUAAUUUCUCUCUGCCUCGUCGCGGUCGCGGGGGCCUGGUACUACACAAGGAAGCGCAAAGGAUCCCGUCACGUACAGCUAAAGGAUCGAGCGCAGAUGAACCGCUCGAGCUGCAAGAAGAGCAGCGUGGAGCGAAACGUGUCCGUCAAGGACAUCACGCGCUCCGAGAAGCGCUUCAUCAACCAGGCGUACACGGACUCCGUGUAUGACGACGAGGCGGCGUUCAUGGUGGAGGUGGACUUGGGUAAGAAGAGGACUUCAAAACCAGCGAGAAAAAACGGCGCUGCAAAGAUCGAGCAUGCGCCUUGGUACUACGGUAACAUGAAUACAACCGAGGCGGAAGAGCUACUCGAGGUGCACGCCUUACAGCCCGGCACCUUCAUCCUCCAUGACGGCAUAGCCACGGACGAGUACACCUUGACGGUGAAGGCCCCGGAAGGAGGACCACCUUACAGGCACUUGACAAUCAAACUCACAGACACCGGCACCGUAACCGCACAGUUCGGCACCAUGAUCUCACGGAUGGAGUUUGGGGACGUCGAUGACGUCAUUCGCCACUUUCAAGUGACCCCUAUUGAGUUCGGUGAGACGUUCCCUGAUGUGGUGCUCGCUCAUGGCUGGAACAAGACUCUGGUUUGAAAACGUUGGCAUGGCUGCAUGGCUGUAGCUGGAAUCUUUUUGUGUGUGUUUGUGUUUGGGAAGGGGGGGGGGGGGUAGGGUGCAUAGGUCUUACUCGACGUGUGGACACGAGUUCAGUACCUCACUCAUUAAGGGCGAUCAAAGCUACCAUAGAGUGAAGAGUGAUCAAACUUUAAAUUGAAUCAGGCAAGUCAGUUUUGAGUGUAUAAUGUGGCCCACCAAAUAGCCAACAGAUAGAUAAUCAAGAAAAUUGAUCCUGUAACUUGAAAGGCAAGAUGUAACAGAUUCAUUGGUAUUAAGAUGUUUUGAGAGAUAAUUUAUUUAAAUGACUAUGUUUCAUCGACUUGGUAUAAAGCUCACAAUUAGUGAUAAAGAAGAAUGUAUUUUAUAAAGAAUAUUUUGAUAACAUGUAAAAAUGCAUUUAAAAUUCUUAGAUAAAAAUAUUGAUCAAGAUAAUUCUUAGAUAAAAAUAAAGAUCAAGAUAAUAAA